AUGGAGGCUUUGUACGUCGCCAUAACACUGUUGUGCGUAUCCUUGGACCCUACUCAAUCGAAAAUGUGUCAUGACCACGCAGGUAAAGAAUUCAUUAUCGUGCCGUUCACGCUCACAACAUCGGGUGAGAUAUUCCAGAUUCACAUUGCCAAUCCUACUAUGACAUCAGCGAUUUCUGGGACCAUUGAAACACCUAUAAUUAGACAUGAUUCAAAUUCUAAAUUUUCAAGUGGUUUUUCAAUACCGCCAUCAAAUCGAGUCAGUAUUGUUAUUCAGAAUUUUGAAGUCGUCCCCGUCAAUGUUAUCACAGACACUGCCAUUAUAAUAACUACAAAUCUUAACGUGAUCCUGUCAGUAGCUUAUGGGAAAACCGGAAGUCUUGGUGGAAUUCUCGUAUUCCCUUCGGAAACUCUCGGAACUGAAUAUGUUGUUGUCACUUAUAGUCCAAUAACUGCAGUUGAUGACAAGGCCAUUCUUGUCAUAGCAGCCGCGUACCCCGACACAUCUAUCCAACUAUUCCCCGGAAGUGAAGAAGUGGAACUAGAAAUAAAUGGCAUUCAUUAUUUGGGAACAGAUACGGCCAAUCUUGAUUUAGCUCAGUAUGAGAGCAUAGUGAUAUCUUCGUCAGAAGACCUUACUGGAAUCCGUGUGGUCGCCACCAAGCCAGUGGCUGUGUACAGUGGGAACAUUAACCUGUCUAUAAACAACGACGGUGAAACCGACGCAGCCCUAGAUCAAAUACCGCCCAUAUCGGAACUAGGCCAGUCAUAUAUCGUUGUUACUUAUCCAAGAGUACAAAAGGACUUUAUAAAAAUUGUGAGUACCGCAGAUAACAAUGAGGUUUACGUUAAUAGUCUUUACCAUAACGUAUCUUUGGCUGGAAAUUUUGUUAUAACAGAAUUGGAAUCAACCGAAAGUGGCUCAUCCGCCAUUGUGACAUCGUCGUAUCCCGUUCUCGUUGCCCUAUUUAGCGAUAAAAGUCUGAACUACGAUAAUAUAAUGAGUGAUGUAGCGAUGACGAUUGUUCCUCCAAUAAAAAAUUACGGUAACAGUUUUAUCCUCCUUACACCGACCAAAUCACUUCCGGUUUCAUACACACACCACGCGGUCGUUAUUUCCUCUCUGGGAUAUUCGGACGAUCUCCGAUUAGACGGUAGCAGCACUAGUCUGUCCUGGACAUCAUUGACGAACAUGUUCCUGGGUGUGCAACAUGAGUUCUCUACAUCCAUAGUAAUAUCCGAGGGAAUUCACACGCUUACGUCCGUUAACGACACCCAUACAUUCGGAGGCUACCUGUACGGAACUACGACUGGCCAGUCUUACAGUACAUCUCUUGCAGCCUUAAUGGAAGACACGUGGACGAUACCAAGUCCGUUGUCCACCUCCAAAUUUGUGAAAAUUGUUGAGGACAAAUUGCCAUUCCCUGUUGAACUGAGCAAGCAGACGACACGUACCCUUUUCCGCUGUCACCAAUUAUGUUCUGUAAGCACCACGUGCGGAGUCGUAGCAGUUUCCCACUUGUCGUCUACUUCCGUCGACUGCCGCUUUUACGCAUCAGAAACACAAUGCGGGCCCUUCCAAACUGUUGCUGGAUUCAAACUUUAUGCUAGACAAAAGUAA